AUGGUGAAGAGAAUUCCUUAUGGAGAUGCUACCAUAGGUCAGACUCAGAGGUUAUGACACGGCCCGUUAUGACAAGAUAACAGCAAGCAAAGGUCAGAGGUUAUGACAAGAUAACAGCGACCAAAGGUCAGAGGUUAUGACAAGAUUACAGCGACCAAAGGUCAGAGGUUAUGACAAGAUUACAGCUGAUUAAUAUCGUGGAUCAUCAAAGAUUGUAAUCUAUAGCCAUGGCAACCCACAUCAAUAAAAACACAGGAUCAGACAUUGAUUCCUCGUUUUCUUCCUCCUUCUGUACGGAGCUGGAUGAACAGAUGCUGGUAGCCAUGGAGACACUAGAGAGGCCUCAAAGGUCACAGAAAGCCAAUAAGAUCAGAGCUGGUCAGCUGACAUCAACACCAGGAUGUGUGACCCCGUUACCAAGACGACAGUCUCAGCUGAUGAAGUCCCUGUUCACCCUCCAGAGUCCCCUAAAUGACAGCUUCCUCUCUCCCUUCCCGUCCCAGAACAAAUCCUCCAGUACAAAGAAAGGGAAGGAAAACCUGACCCCCGCCACAUCAGAUAGCUCUGUUAGACUUAGCAGAGGGGGAAAGUCCAACAGAAAGAAACCAAGGAAUGUGUUAAAUGAAAUUGUCAAUGACAAAGUAAAGGACAGUGGAGGGGGUGUAGAGGAAGAGCAGAAUGUGAUUGACCUUGAUGUGAUAGGUCAAAGGUCAAGGGCAGAAGAAAAUACUGGUGAUAUGAGUUCUGAAACACAGGAAAGGGUUGCUGAAAAUCAAGAGAUGACGGAAAAUGCUAAUACUGAUGGAGGUUUUACAGAAGAAAAGCUGUUAUUAAGUAACUGGGGACUUCCUGACCCUGUAUUAAAACAAUACACAGAUAAGGGGAUCACCUCAAUGUUUUCCUGGCAAGCAGAAUGUCUGUGUUUACCUGGGGUUCUAGGGGGAGGUAAUCUGGUAUACUCGGCCCCCACUAGUGCUGGUAAAACAAUGGUGGCAGAACUCCUGGUUCUGAAGCGGGUCCUAGAAACAAAGAAGAAAGCUAUCUUUAUCCUACCUUUUGUGUCGGUGGCCAGAGAGAAGAUGUUCUAUUUACAGCAGUUGUUCCAGGAUGUGGGGGUGGUAGUGAGCGGGUUUAUGGGGAGUUACUCCCCUCCUGGGGGGCUCAGUCAGGUGGACAUAGCGGUGUGUACAAUAGAGAAAGGAAAUGGACUUAUAAACCGACUGAUGGAGGAAAACAGCAUCAACAAGCUAGGUAUUAUAGUGGUGGACGAGUUACACCUUGUAGGAGACCAACACAGGGGCUACCUGCUAGAACUGAUGCUCACCAAGAUAAGAUUCCUUAGUCAGAAAAAGCCAACAACAGACACUGAGGAUUGUGGGUAA